AUGUGUAACGAAUUUUCUCCCGAAACUAAUCACAUUAUACGUAAAAUUUCCGCGACUCUUCCAAAGACCAGCGACUUCAUUAAAAUCCCCAAAAAUCUCAAUGAUGAUCAUCAAAAAUUUGGCAAAAUAAUAUUUCUCGAUUUCAAGUCACAGGCAAGACAAUCUUCCAAACCAUUAAGCGAGCGAAAAAAAUAUCAAGCAGAAAUUAUUCAUCCGCAAGAAAUUGAAACCAGUUUUCGUUGA